GAAUAUUCAAUCAAAUAAAAUGUUCGGAUCACAGUAUUGACAGCAAUUCUGGAGACAGAAAGGAUCAAAUCUUUUAAACACCCACAUGAUUAUUAGAUGCCUCACGUUCAUCCCAUUACUAGGAGGACUAAUUAAAGUAAUCAGUAGAACCUUUUGUUGGCCAAAUGUGUAGCAGGUUUACAAGUUCCAAAAAGAUCCAUCAGUGCAACACAUACUGAUUUAAUUAGGCAAUUGUUCAUCUUAUCUCCUCCUUAUGGUGUUCUGCCUAUAAAUACCAAUUCUGAUGCUUCAAUUCCAUCAACACUGAGAGAUAUCCCCUCAUCAAAGAAAAAAAACACAUAAGAAAUGGAUGCUCUUUCUUCAAAACCCAAUCACGUUCGAUCAAUCAGUUUUCCCGGGAGAUCACACCCUACCACACAGAGUGUUGAAGAGGAGCUCAACAAGCUCCAAUCAUUGGAAGUAUUAGUUGCCCCAGCAGCUGUGAGCAAUGGUCUACUCGGUUUGGAGAAAUUAUAUAAGUGCAUAGAUGAUCUUCCCAACUUACCUCAAACCCUUCAAGCCCUCUCUCAGAGUCUAAAUGUAAAAUGGCUUGACGAGUUAUUGGAUAAAUCACUGAGGCUUCUUGAUCUUUGUGGGACAUUAAGAGAACUCGUCUCACAAUGUAAAGAAAAUGUAAGAGAUCUACAAUCAGCUCUCAGAAGGAGAAAAGGAGAUUCAACUACAAAUGACAGCGUUGAAAGAUUUACCUCUUUCAGCAAAAAGAUGAAGAGGGACUCCAAAAGAUCUGUCUCAACUUUGAAACAAAUGGAUCAAGAGACUGCAGUAUCAGUAUUGCUAGAUGCAGAUCAAGAUACAAUAGCUGUAAUUCGAGCAUUAAGAGAAGCUAAUACAGUGUGCCUUUCAUAUUUUCAAAAGCUCUUGUCCUGUUUGUGUGUGCCACUUUUGAAGCCUGAGCCAUCAAAAUGGUCACUGCUUUCAAGAUUGAUACAAAAAGACAGAAUAGCAUCUGAAUGCCAAGAAGAAAACAUGAGCUUGGGAACAAGGUUGGAAACUUUCGAGGCUUACCUAUACAGCUUUGAAGAUGGAUUGGAAGCAAUAUAUAGGUGUCUAAUUAGAUCUAGAAGCUCGCUCCUCAAUAUUUUCUCCUGCUAAUCUGACAGUUGUUAUU